AUGGUGGACGAAAUCGAGACCGAAGAGCGCAAGGAGCUCGACCUUACUUCCGCCGAUGUCGUCACCAAGUAUAAGGCAGCUGCGGAGAUUGCCAACAGUGAGUGCCUUUCUGGCGUGUUCAAGAACGCCAAGAAGAAGAUAGAGCGCGGGGUGGCCUUCCCCACAUGCGUGUCCGUCAACAACAUCGUCUGCCAUUACUCCGCCGCUGCCGGCGACGAGGCCGCUCUCGCUAACGGCGACGUGGUCAAAAUCGACCUGGCGGCGCACAUCGACGGGUUCAUCGCGUCGGCGGCGCACACGGUGGUGGUGCAGGAGGACGCCGCCGCGCCCGUCACGGGCAAGGCUGCUGACGUCAUCGCCGCCGCCAACACCGCCGCAGAGGUUGCCUUGCGGCUCGUCCGACCGGGCAAGCACAACAAGGAGGUGGCGGAGGCGCUGCAGAAGGUGGCGGAGGCGUACGGCGUGCACGUGGUGGAGGGCGUGCUGUCGCACCAGAUGAAGCAGUUCGUGAUCGACGCCAACAAGGUCGUGCUCUCCGUUUCCUCGCCCGAGAUGCGCGUCGAGGACUUCGAGUUCGAGGCCAACGAGGUGUACGCCGUCGAUAUCGUCAUGAGCUCCGGCGAGGGCAAGCCGAAGCUGGUGGACGAGAAGCAGACGAUGGUGUACAAGCGCGCGGUGGACAAGGCGUACAGCCUCAAGCUCAAGGCGUCGCGCGCCAUCUUCAGCGAGAUCAGCCAGAAGUUCUCCAUCAUGCCCUUCACUGCCCGGGCGUUGGAGACGAAGGCAGCGCGGUUGGGGCUGGUGGAGUGUGUCAACCACGACCUGCUGCAACCUUACCCCGUGCUGCACGAGAAGCAAGGUGACAUCGUAGCGCACAUUAAGUUCACGGUGCUGCUCAUGCCCAACGGCUCGGAUCGCAUCACAUCGGCCACGCUCCAAACACUGCAGCCCACGAGUGAGCUGCAAGAUGCCGACGUCAAGGCAUGGCUCGCCAUGUCGUACAAGACCAAGAAGAAGACCGCUUCAAAGAAAAAGGCUGCUAAGGAAGGUGAAGAGGAGGCAAAACCAGCUGAAGCUUCCGCAUAG